AUGGUGAUAGGCAACGCCACAGACAGGAAGGAGUCCGGUGAAACAGGGCAAGGACACGAUGCUCCGUCCGCCGAGAGCCAAAUUAGAAACUCUCGCGGCCUUGAUCAAACCAGCGAGUUCGCACCGGGUGCCCCCGAAGAUAGCGAUUCCGACCACUACACCGGCAGCUCGGACGGCGAGGACGGCACCACAUUCUCACCAAUCCGGCAUCGCCAAGCCUCAAGUCUCCAUGCUCCAUCGGCACCACAACGCUCCCUCUCACGCACUAUUUCUGAGGUCCACGACGGGAUCGCCAGCCAGCAUGACGCCGAGCUCGGCGGCGGUGAACCGCUGCGCGAAAAGCACGCAUCGACUGCGCCCAACCCGGACGACCCAGACCUGGUGACGUGGACGGGGCCCGACGACCCGGAGAACCCCAAGAACUGGCUCUUCAGCCGCAAGUGGCAAGCUGUCUUGGUCAUUUCUACGUUCACCCUCAUCUCGCCCGUGUCGUCGUCCAUGGUCGCGCCGUCGCUGACGGCUAUUGGGGCGGAGCUGAAUGUUCCGCCGGGUGGUGAGUUGGGGCCCGAUUUUCAGGUCGCUAACCCGCAGAUCAACGCAGUCCAGCAAAACCUCGUGCUAUCCAUCUUCGUCCUCGCAUACGCGAUUGGACCACUGGCCUGGGGCCCACUCUCCGAGCUCUUCGGCCGAGUCCUAGUCCUGCAGCUUGCAAACCUGCUAUACCUCUUCUUCAACCUGGGCUGCGGGCUCGCACGCACAAAGGGCCAACUAAUCGCCUUCCGCUUCCUCUCCGGGCUCGGCGGGUCCGCGCCCCUCGCCAUCGGCGGCGGCGUGCUGUCGGACCUCUUUACGGCCGAGGAGCGCGGCAAGGCCAUCUCGAUCUACAGCCUGAUGCCGCUGCUCGGCCCGGCCGUCGGCCCCAUCGCCGGCGCCUUCAUCACCGAGAACACGACGUGGCGCUGGGCCUUCUACGCCACGACCAUCGCCGACGCCGCGAUCCAGUUCGCGGGUCUCGUCUGGCUGCGCGAGACGUACGCGCCCGUGCUGCUGAAGUGGCGCUGCCAGCGCCUCGCGCGCGACACGGGCAAGACCGGGUGGCACACCCCCUACGACGACCCGGACAAGACUGUUACGAAGACGCUGGGUAUCGCCUUCACGCGGCCGUUUCGCCUACUCGCCACCCAGCCCAUCGUGCAGUGCCUUGCGCUGUACCUUAUGUAUUUAUAUGGACUGAUGUACAUCGUCCUAACGUCCUUUCCCUCACUGUGGUCGGGGCCCCCGCCGCAUGGCUACGGCGAGGCCGUCGGCAUCGGCGGACUCAACUACAUAUCGCUGGGCCUCGGCUUCUUCCUAGGCGCCCAGAUAUGCGCCCCCCUGCAGGACCGCAUCUACGCCCGUUUGAAGCGCAGCAAGUACGCCCGCAACGGCGUCGGCCGCCCCGAGUUCCGCACGCCCAUGAUGGCCCCCGGCGCCGUCCUAGUCCCCGUCGGCCUCCUCAUCUACGGCUGGACCGCCGAGUUCAAAACCCACUGGAUCGGCCCCAACAUCGGCGCCGUCCUCUUCGCCGCGGGCGCCAUCAUCGGCUUCCAGUGCCUGCAGGGCUUCCUAGUCGACUCGUACGCGCGCUACGCCGCCAGCGCCGUCGGCGCCGCCACCGUGCUGCGGUCGCUCGCCGGCUUCGGGUUCCCGCUGUUUGCGCCCGCCAUGUACGACCGUCUUGGUUAUGGCUGGGGCAACACGCUCAUGGCGCUGCUGGGCGUCGCUAUUGGCUGGCCGGGCCCGUUAUUGUUGUGGCGGUGUGGGGAGAGGUUGCGGAUGAGCAGUCCGUUUGCGGCGGGGGGUUAG